UCUUUGGUUGAAUUUAACAAAGGGGUUCAUAGCUUAUUAAUGUCCGAGAGAAGUUCCACUUAUAAUUACAGUCCGGUCUCCUGUAGAAGCUACCUACUUUUGGAGAUCAUACAGAGAAGGUGUUGGGCUGCUCUGUUCACCUUCUUCUUCUUGCGUGUGGCGUGCACAGCCAAAAGUUGUAAGACAACUUGUUCUGUUUUCUAUUUGUAAACACUAGGUUGAUUGCAUUCGUCGAAACAGGGUGGACCACGUGAAGGUUGCAAUCUCCCACCCCCUCUCUUCACCCAACUCAUUAAGACUCACUGCUCAUGUUUCUGAAUGGAGAACGUUACAGGUAACCUCUGAAGGAGAUUAUAAAAUAGUUUUAAAUUAAUCUUCUAUGGAAAACCUUAAUUCUCCAUCCCUGACAAAGCUUAAGGGUCUAGUAGUGUUAUUUCAGAGGACAAUUAAGAGUACUAUUUGAAAACCUUUUGUCAUAUUUGGAGAGUUUUCCUUCCAAAGGACCAGAUAGGUUUUAUAGUAUUUUAUUGUUUCACAGACACUAUUACAGACACUAGUUUUUUUAAAUUUCAGAUUUGUUUAAUUAUACAAAUAUGUUGGGUGUGUAGUUGAAGGUCUCCGGGUGCCAAUCUCCAGGUGACAAUCCUGUAAACAAUAUGUAAAGGACUGUGGGUUCAAGUCCACGGCUGCAUUAACAAGCUUGAGAACGUGGAGUUCUUCCAACAAAUGAACCAACAUUAAUCCCUCAAAUUGCACCACAAAAGCAGAUUAUCACAUUAGAGCCUUACCAUGUGCAAAGUGACUCUACAUAAUUAUUCCAAAUAUAAAUUAAGUUGGAUCAAUAAAAGCAUGUUGCAAAAGUUUGAAUCUGGCUAGAAUGCAUUGACCUUAAAACAUGUGUCUGAUUCAUGUAUUUGCAUACCUGGUCCAUAUAUAUUUAAAACUGCAAAGAAGGCUGCCUACAUGCAGAUUCCAGGAAAAAAAACACAAAAGCAACUUCAUUGAGCCAUAUGUCAUCAUUUCUGACAUUUGUGGAUAUUUUCUGAUUGCUCUUUUUCAUAAAAAAUCCUGAAAUUAUUAACAAUGAACAGCUGAAUUUAGAUUUAGUUUAGUUCACUAUAAUUAUUUGCAUCAAAGGUAUAAAAAAUGCAGUCAUUUUAACUCUACAUGAGGUGAUAGAGUUGGGUCUGGGAUGAAAACCCUUCAUUUUAUCAUUGCCAGUUUUUAUCCUCUUCACAUAAUUUGAACUGAUUAACUGGUUAUUAUCUCAUUGCUGUUUUUUGGAAUUUGAUUGCAUACAAAUCAACUGCUAUAUUUUUCUACAUUUACCACAGUGACUAUCCUUCAAAAACGAUUAUUGGCUAUAAAUUAUGUUGAAUUGUCCUAAUGUCACAAAAAAUACCGUAGAAAUCUUUCUUUCUUCAUACCUUUGGCAGAUUAGACGAACGUCCUGUUCACAAGGAAGGCUGUUUUGUGAAGGCUCCAAGAAAGAUUGUUUGUAAGCAUGGGAAUGUAUCUAAUGCAUCAGUUGUUCUCGGGUGAGUCAAACAAGCAAGAGCUGAGGUGGAAAGCUGGUCCAAAUUUAACAUCCUUCAUAUCUGGCUCCUGCCUAAUGUCCAGAGUUAGGAUGCUGCUCGAACGGCAGCAGCCACAAUCCCAGCUCCUAUGGAGCCCCACGGCGGUCUCCAAUUUCGGCCGUCUGCUCACGUUGGGAGCUCGAACGGCGGUAACCGCAACAUUUUUCUCUAGCUCCUUGUGGAGCUUCCAUGGCGGCCCAAAACCCCGGCCGCGUGCAUAGCUACUCAAGGCCCGCUAUUGGAGCGGCCCACUGGAAAUAACAUUGACUUACCUGCCAGAGCAGUUUCGAACUGCUCCGACACGCGCGCCAUGCGUAAGACGUAUUGACGCGCAUACGGGCUGACGGGCUCUUCACGUACUCACUCACGUGACUUCAAAAUAAAAUUGAUUACAACGAUUAUUAUUCAUGUAUGUGAUGCGAUGUGAUUGUUAUUGGCCAGACUAUGCCAGCUUUUACAUCCCAUUCCAAACUGUCCCUGAACUCAAUGGCUUACUAGACCAUUUUAGAGAUCAGUUAAGAGCAAUCCACAUUGUAGGUUUGGAGUCACAUUUUAAGACAGACCUAGCAAAGAUCAACAAUUUUCAUUCCCUCAAGAACAUCAGUGAACUAGAUUAUAACAUUUAUGACAAUUCGGUCUUUGCUCAUCCUUACUGAAAAUAUAAUGGUGGGAUUCAAAUUCAAACCAGUGUAUCAGUAGUCCCAGCAAUUGGUAUCAAUCCAUCCUGGUGAAGAAUGAAGACUCUUGUAGACUGUUUUGAUGUAGAAAUUCAGUUGUGCAAUAAACGGAGUGGAAGGGACUGGCCCACCACAAUUUAAUUUUCUCAUUUAUGAGAAAGCAAAUCAGUUUUUGCAUUCUUAAGCAUAAUGCUAUCAUUUCCUAUACACUGCAAGUAAUUUUCCAACUCCUUUCAAGAAAAAGCAGAGUUCUCUUGUAGAAAGACAAAUGUAGAAGGUGUGGAAAAGUGAGUUCUAAGACUAUGCGUACUGUCCCAGGAUGUAUAAUUGGGACUGAACCAAGUAGUGAUAUCUUGUGAAGAUAGAAAUGGGUAUCCCAUUGUACUUUCCAGUAGGUUCCUACUUUUAGCCCCCAAUGUGAGAGGCAGCUUCUGAAACCUGGAGAAAGAUCUGUCAUUUUUCAAACUUGAGUGCCUCCAGGGAUCCUGGGGACAUGUCAAAAGCACCAUAGACAAAUGUUAGAAAUUGUGUUUCAAUGCUUCUCUAUUCUUCCAACUGAAAUCUAUUCGCCUCAGGGGCUCAGGUGUGGCAAUGCUCCGCAGCAGCCAGAAGGCACCAUAUCAGCAGCUAAAAGCAGACUUUAGAAUCUCUCCUCACCCAAUCCUUUUCAGUUACUUGGAAGAGGCAGAUGUGAUUGCAAGGCCUGAGAGAGAAGGAAGUCAUGGACCCUGCAAUCUCCCAAGAAGCACUUCAACCGUGACUCCCUCGAAUAACAUAUUUGGAGCUGAUUUAGGAAUCAGGCCAGUUCCUCAUAGGCAGCAGAUGUUCAUUUGGUCUUCAAAUUCUUGUUUCACUCUCUCCUCUUCGGAUGAUAUCUUUGGAUCAUGUUGUUUUUGUUUUUUAUGCUUGUGUUUUGAACCUCAGCAGCUGAGAGUGCAGUGGUGACUUUGCUGAGUAUAUGUUGUUCUCCGCUAUAAUUUUGGAGUCCACCGCAAUGAUUUCACUGGUUUCUAUUGUGUGCGACAAUGAAAGAGAAGCCGAGUUAUUUCAAGGGAAUUUUGUAUUUCUGGUCAUCAGAGAAGUAUGUAUAAGCAUGACACUUUCCUGGUUUCUUUCUCCCCGUCUCCCUGUCUCAUAAAUCCAGCAUGGGGAUGAACGGUGAGACUUGAGGCUUGUCUGAUGGUCAUCAGGUUCUGCAAUCUAUGGAUAGCAAUAGGCAGAUAGAACUGAAAAUGGUAGGUGGCAGAUAUUUACAUGGACAAGGGGAUAGAUGGUUGUUAGUGCAAUCCCAAUAAAAACCCGGCACGGUGUAACAAACAGUUAAGCUUACAUAAUGGUAAAUACACUGAUCUUGCAAAGUGCUAAUUUGUAAAUGCACAUGGAAAAAAGAUUGUUGUUCAAUUUAGGUUGAAGGAGGAGGGGAUUGGGGUGCUGGAUGCAGGUGCCAAUACGUUCCAAACACACGCUUUGAGCAUUGCAGUUUUUCUGGGCCCGUGCCAGUAAAUCCAAAAGACCCUGCCAUGCUCAAGUUCUUGUUUUGUCCCAGAGCUUGCAAUGUUUUGGUUUACCCCCACAAUGUCUGCUGCUAACUGAAUAAGCUCUGUGAAAGAAAUUAGAAAAGCUAAAAGAAGAUAUGAGGUUGCUUUGGCAAGUAAGGUGAAAGUAAAUCCAAAGGGUUUCUACAGCAAUAUUAAUAGCAAAAGGAUAACGAGGGAUAAAAUUGGUCCAUUGGAGAGACAGAGUGGACAGCUAUCUGCAGAGCCAAAAGAGAUGGGGGAGAUAUUGAACAAUUUUUUUUCUUCAGUAUUCACCAAGGAGAAGGAUAUUGAAUUAUGUGAGGUAAGGGAAACUAGUAGAGUAGCUAUGGAUACUAUGACGUUCAAAGUAAAAGAAGUACUGACACUUUUGAAAAAUAUAAAAGUGGACAAGUCUCCAGGUCCUGACAGGAUAUUCCCUAGGACAUUGAGGGAGGUUAGUAUAGAAAUAGCCGGGGCUAUGACAGAAAUAUUUCAAAUGUCAUUAGAAACGGGAAUAGUCCCCGAGGAUUGGCGUACUGCGCAUGUUGUUCCAUUGUUUAAAAAGGGUUCUAAGAGUAAACCUAGCAAUUAUAGACCUGUUAGUUUGACUUCAGUGGUGGGCAAAUUAAUGGAAAAGAUACUUAGAGAUAAUAUAUAUAAGCAUCUAGAUAAACAGGGUCUGAUUAGAAACAGUCAACAUGGAUUUGUGCCUGGAAGGUCAUGUUUGACUAAUCUUCUUGAAUUUUUUUGAAGAGGUUACUAGGGAAAUUGACGAGGGUAAAGCAGUGGAUGUUGUCUAUAUGGACUUUAGUAAGGCCUUUGACAAGGUUCCUCAUGGAAGGUUGGUUAAGAAGGUUCAACUGUUGGGUAUAAAUGCAGGAAUAGCAAGAUGGAUUCAACAGUGGCUGAAUGGGAGAAGCCAGAGGGUAAUGGUGGAUGGCUGUUUAUCGGGUUGGAGGCCGGUGAUAUAGUGGGGUGCCUCAGGGAUCUGUGUUGGGUCCUUUGUUGUUUGUCAUGUACAUAAAUGAUCUGGAUGAAGGUGUGGUAAAUUGGAUUAGUAAGUAUGCAGAUGAUACCAAGAUAGGGGGUGUUGUGGAUAAUGAAGAGGAUUUCCAAAAUCUACAGAGUGAUUUAGGCCAUUUGGAAAAAUGGGCUGAAAGAUGGCAGAUGGAGUUUAAUGCUGAUAAAUGUGAGGUGCUACACCUUGGCAGGACAAAUCAAAAUAGGACGUACAUGGUAAAUGGUAGGGAAUUGAAGAAUACUGUUGAACAGAGGGAUCUGGGUAUAACCGUGCAUAGUUCCUUGAAGGUGGAAUCUCAUAUAGAUAGGGUGGUAAAGAAAGCUUUUGGUAUGCUAGCCUUUAUAAAUCAGAGCAUUGAGUAUAGAAGCUGGGAUGUAAUGUUAAAAUUGUACAAGGCAUUGGUGAGACCAAAUCUGGAGUAUGGUGUACAAUUUUGGUCGCCCAAUUAUAGGAAGGAUGUCAACAAAAUAGAGAGAGUACAGAGGAGAUUUACUAGAAUGUUGCCUGGGUUUCAACAACUAAGUUACAGAGAUAGGUUGAAUAAGUUAGGUCUUUAUUCUCUGGAGCGCAGAAGGUUAAGGGGGGACCUGAUAGAGGUCUUUAAAAUGAUGAGAGGGAUAGACACAGUUGAUGUGGACAAGCUUUUCCCUUUGAGAAUAGGGAAGAUUCAAACAAGAGGACAUGACUUCAGAAUUAAGGGACAGAAGUUUAGGGGUAAUAUGAGGGGGAACUUCUUUACUCAGAGAGUGGUAGCGGUGUGGAAUGAGCUUCCAGUGGAAGUGGUGGAGGCAGGUUCAUUGGUAUCAUUUAAAAAUAAAUUGGAUAGGCAUAUGGAUGAGAAGGGAAUGGAGGGUUAUGGUAUGAGUGCAGGCAGGUGGGACUAAGGGGAAAAAAAAAUUUGUUCGGCACGGACUUGUAGGGCCGAGAUGGCCUGUUUCCGUGCUGUAAUUGUUAUAUGGUUAUAUGGUUAUUUUCCUCACAAUGGCUCACCUUCCUCUGCACGUUACAGAAAAGACAAUUUUGUCUUGUUGCACGUAGCAGUGCCACCACCACCCCUCCCUGUUGCCUCGUUUGUUGUUGCAUGAAGCCCAGUAGCUGCAGCCACUGCAUGGGAAUGUGCUCUGCAGUUUGGCCGUGAUGGGAUUAGGAGGAGAGCAAAAAGCAAGCAAAGUGGACCGAACCAUCGCAGGAGCUGAGAGGGGGUGUCUUUGGAUACAGUAGAGCUACAAGCCGUCUUUUAUCCCACCGCUUCUUUCACUCUGACACCAUCACACAGCACCUCCACCCGCACAAAGGAUGGAUAGCUUUUCGACAUCAUCAGCGUGACUAAAAUGCAAGCUGUUGCUGAAGGGGUGAAGCUGAUGUGGUGCUAAGGCGCCAUUCUCCAUUACAGCAGCACAUCCUGCUUUGGCCAUGGGAUGCUGUCUGCAGAGGAAGGCAGGUGCCCACAAUGAGCUUCAAGCGCUUUGCUGGGCAGGGUGAGGAAACUUCGCUGAAGCUGCUUUUAACUCUCGGUGUCGGACCUGGACAGGGAGAGUAAACUAACAGUCCAUUUCCAAAUUCCAUGGCACCAGCAGAAAGAUUUACUUCAUCCGUUGACCAGGCCACCAUGUAUAGAGGAACUUCAUCAAUUUGCCAUCCAGAAACUACAGUCCCUGCAUAAAGAGCAUCAGAGACAACUUGGAGAGAGACGAUUAAUGAAAGCCCCGUCAAUGUUGCCCCCACCACUGCCAUUGACACAACACAGCCACAGGCUCAGAGCGCAGAGGAAGCACCAAAUCACAAAGUUUCACAGCACUCGUUCAUCCUCCCCCACUGAAUGUUGCCAAAUGACCCCAUGGAGCAGAAAGUCCAUUCCACCAACAGAUGGUGAUAAUGACGUGAUCACUUUAGGUCAGAGACCGAAAAAUCCUGUACCGAACGUCCCUACAACACUAGACAGGCAGACAAAUUGGAGCAAAGAUCUACCUCUUCCUACUCCAGAGCAGAAGAUGCGCCAACAGGCCCAGGCUGUAUCUUCUACUGUUAUUCCCAUCAAUGUGACUGGAGUGGGUUUUGAGAGACAGGUCAUAGGCCGAUACUCCUUUGCUCAUCCUCAAUCUGCAUUGCAGCGAAGAAGAAAGUUAAAGAGGCGAAAAACUAUCAGUGGACUUCCAAGGCGUGUGCAACAAGAAAUUGCAGGUUCUGAUGAAUCUUCAGCGGCUAAAGAAAGGAAUGUGAUUGUUCAUGUUAACCCAAACUUGGACUAUCACGGUGAUGAACUGAAUUCCACCAGUACCCGAUCCAGGACCAAGGAUUCAGAGUGCCAGACAGAGGAUAUCCUUAUUGCAGCGCCAUCAGUGAGGCGGAUCCGCGCCCAGCGGGGCAGUGAUAUCACAUAUUCACUGUCACGUUCGGAUGGGAACAUCACAUCCCUAGCCAAUGACUCAAGCUCAAAGUUCCUUGCGCCGAUUGACAACCACAUCCGUUCCCGUAGCCUUUCUCGAGAACGUGUCAGAGUUUCAUUGUUAUCUCACAAGUUAAGUCAGGACAAUAGUGUUGAAAGCAUCAUUAGUGCUGCUGAAAAAUACUUGCCGAGCCCAGGAAAGGCAGAGGAGGAAGACAGCGAAGCCAGUUUAUUUAACCAGAGCCCACAGACACAUCAUUCAAUAGGUGUGACUGUUCAACCAGUGCAGAGUCCAGAACACAAGGGCCAAGUGACAAAAAUGUCCAACUUUGUGCCAGAGCAAGAUAUGGGAAACAGCGAGAUCUCGUCAAAUUCAGAUACAUUUGGGAGUCCUGUCAACAGUCUCUCCAGUGCAGGAGUUAUAUUAAGCAGUCAGAUGGAUCAAAAGGAGGACCAUCAAUCCUCCAGUGGCAAUUGGAGUGGAAGUAAUUCAACAUGCCCUUCACAGACAUCAGAGACAAUCCAUACUGCAUCCUCACCGCCACUGACAGGAUCGUCACACUGUGAUUCAGAACUAUCUUUGAAUACCCCCGCCCAUACUAAUUAUGAUUCAUCCAGUUUCCUACUGGAGCAGUAUGCAUAUCAAGAAGACAAAGUCAGAGAUCACAGACUGAACUCCUUUACUUCCACAGAGACAGAUGUUAUUGAAGAUCUCAAUACAAGUAACACAAGUGAUGCAGAAUGGAAUUAUUUACACCAUUGCCAUGAUGCAUCGUGCAAUCAAGAUUUUAGCCCGAAGCAUUCAAGGACUAAUAGCUUAGGAUGCCCAAGUUUUGCUAGUAUGGCCACAUGUGACAGCUUUCUUGAGAGACCAUCCUCCUCCAGAACUGACUCAGGUUCACAUUUCUCUGUGGAUACUGAAGGGUAUUAUACAUCCAUGCACUUUGACUGUGGUUUAAGAACUACUAGAAACUACAUUUUUAACUAUGCAUCUCCAGUAUCUGAUGGAAUCCAGAGUGCAGAAAAUGCUUCAGAGUUUGUUGAGCUCCCUCCACCGGAUCCUUUAGAGUUAAGAAAGCAGAGGUUUCGGAGCCAGAGCAUUGCUCUCAAGAAACCAAAGGCAAAACCAGCCCCACCAAAACGCAGUUCAUCUUUGAGAAAAAAUGAAGUCAGUACAAGUAAGAGUUACCAGAACGAACCAAAGACAAACAAUGGGCAGGAUGGGACUGUAUCUUACAGAGAUGCACAGAAGUCAUUGCAGCUUGACCUAAGCCUUGCAUCUGACGGGUUCAAAGGUCCCAUGCUAGCUAAUGAAAGGAAUGUUCCUUGGGAUAGUCACAGCACAUAUGCAAAUGAUAAUGAGUUAUCAGGCCCUCAGUUUUCCACAUCUGAAACACUAUCAUUUAAAGAUGGAGUUGCCAUACAAUCAGAUUAUGCAGGCCUCUGGCUCUUGAAUGAUUUAAAAUCUAAUGACCCUUACAGAUCAUUAUCAAACUCAAGUACUGCAACAGGUACAACUGUCAUAGAAUGCACAAAGUCCCCUGAAGGUUCGGAAUCGCAAACAUCCCAGUCAGAAUCCCGUGCUACCACUCCAUCCCUUCCGUCCAUUGACAAUGAUUUCAAGUUGUCCUCUCCCGACAAAUUGGCAGGCUUGGCAUCACCAUCAAGUGGAUAUUCAAGCCAGUCAGGAACACCGACCUCAACUUUGCCAACUCCUCUUUUUCCUGGUCCUCUGUCUCCAAACAGCGGAAAAAGAAAGCCAAAGGUUCCAGAGAGGAGGUCUUCACUACAGCCAUCUUUUGCAAAGGAUGUUAAUGUUUUAAAGAAAGACCUUGAAUUACCAAUUAUACCUCCAACACAUCUUGACCUAAGUGCUCUUCAGAAUGUGUUUAAAAGCAAACCUUCUGCUCACAGAAACCAACUGCAUAUCUCAAAUCAAAGUAAAGACCAUGAGGCAGCUGAACGAUUCAAAAACAGUUCAUCAGUUUCCCUUGCCAUAACCCCAUCAGUACUACAGUCUGUACAGCUGCGCUCUGUUAGUAAAACCAAGCAACCCAAGAAAGAAUGGCAGGAAGAUUCUGUGAUAACAGAAGAACCACCCUAUAAAAAUGAAUCAUUUGGUUAUAAUACACAGAACUACAAUGAAUUUUCCAAUUUACCACCACAAAAAUCAUCUUCCUCAGAAGCAAACACCAACUUUUUGGAUGUAGAAAGUAUUCAUGCACUUCAAGAAAAUAAUCCGAAUGAAGACAGUUUAACCCAUUUAUCCUUGCAUUUUCAUGUGGCAAAGUCUUUAAAAGCUAAUCGGAGUUCACAGAACAUAAAGUUUGGAGAAAAUCAAAAGAUUGAAACAGCAAACUGCCAGGCAGUCUCCAAGACCCGCACAGAUAUAAGUAAAGCAAAUUUGGUGAAGAAGAGCUCCAUACAGAUAAUAUAUCAAGACUUGAGUAAUUCUAAUAAUGAGUUUCAGAAUGAGGUCCUUGCACGAGAAAUAGUCAACAAAGAGAAACCUGAGAGUGUGCCUUUGUCAAAUAGCACCAUUGCAGAAACCCUGUCUGCAGCACUACCACAAUCUGCAACCACUGAGAAAUUGGAGAGAAAGCUAAAUUUUGAUUCAGUGAAUGAAGAUAAACCACCAGACAUGAUUCAACUCGAAUCAAUAGGUGCACAGAAGCUCAGUAAAGACAGUAUUGAAGAAACGACAAAGAGGUUGCAAGAUGGCAGCCCAGAAAAUGUUGCUGAUACCCUGAGAAAUGCUGAAGCUCCGUGUGAAACCCCUUGCGAUGGGCAACACAAAGGUCACAUAGACAUAGGACAGGGUGAGAGUUAUUUAACAUCUCCUGCAGAUCCUCAAAUGAACGAAGAUAAUUUAUUCAUAUCGCCAAAUAAGCUCCGCACAACAGAAGACCUUUUUGCUGUGAUUCAUAGAUCAAAGAGGAAACUACUUGGGAGGAAAGAUUCUGAUGAAGGGCCGAAUGUAAACAAACCACGAUCAUCCCCUGGCAGUUCCCCUGGGACCCCUCCAGCUGUCCAGAAACAGCCUGGACCUAUUUAUAGGAGUGCCUGCAAAUCCAACACCUCACAGGAGGAGUUCAAACUAUUGCUGCUCAAAAAAGGCAGUCGGUCAGACUCAAGCUAUCGACUGUCAGCGACAGAAAUAUUGAAAAAUGCAAGUCCAAUUUCUCCCAAGUCUCCUGAAGAUAUUUCCCCAGAGCAGGCUAAAGAUUCUGAAGCCAUUUCCAUUUCCCCAUCUGGAUGUGAAAUGCAGUUGCUAAUUUCACCAUACUCUCCAAGGUUCAGUAUGGAAGGAAUCUCCUCCAGGAGCUUCUCCAGCCCACUAUCAUCCAGACCAAGUCGUUCUCGAGCACCACCGGCAGCGGGCAGUAGUCGCUAUAGUGCUCGCAGUCGCCUUCAUAGUGCACCAAUGCAAGUCAUCUCUGAAGGGGAAGCUGAAAACUCAGACGGAAGUCUUCAUGAUGAUCGGAGCUCUCCCACUUGACAAUCAGGCAUCAAAUGGCUGUCUGCGGCAGCAACAGUGGUAAAACAAACAUGAACAUGCAUGCGGUUUAGUUUAGUGAUGUUCAGACUGAGAGGUUUAUCAAAAGUAAGAUAGGUCAUAAACACUUAAGAAGAAUAUAUACUGCUGCCUGAGGUAUUAACAAAAAAAUAACUACUGAAAUAAUAGAUCCCUUAAUUGUAUCUCAAAAACUACUAGUAAUUUGAUCAACAUAAACAUUGAUUAAAUAAGCUACUUUUUCAAAUAUAACUAGAAUAAAUCACGAAGAGUGAUUUUGACUAAUUAAUGAAAGAAAAUCAAAGGCUAUGUUUUCUGAAUUUGGGUAAAUAUUCAAUUUAAAACUCUUAAGAGUGUUGCAACCUCAUAUGCGCUGUUGUUCCCUUUCACCUAUUAUUAGGAGGCCAUAAAACAGAUGCCUAAAGAAAGCUCAGUUGUGAGAAAUGGACAAUGCAGUUCUUAUUAAUCCAAACAUGAUUUUGUAAACAUUAAAUGAAAUAUUCUGUGCUACAUGUAGCAGACUUAAAAACUACUGUAAAUAUCACAAAUUUUAGAUAGUUACAAAAAGUGUUAAUCAUUUGAGCCAUGGACAUUCGUCAUAAUUUGCACCUUCUGUGUAUUCUGGGAACAAAAUCGUGGUGUACCUUCGAGAGUAAGACAGUGAUAGAUGAGAUGAUGCAGGAGCAGAUGUAUUUGCGCAAAUACAUAAUAUGCACAUAUCAUUUUAAAUGCAUCACUAUACGAUGGGCAUUAUUCUUGAGAAUGACCCCUUCCAAAUUGUAUCUUCUUGUCAUCCACAAAUCGCAAUUAAGAUGCUCUGUUGCGAUAAUUAGUUUACUAUGUAACUUUUUCUUUCUCAUAAAUCCAACAGAAAGCAAAUACAAAUGCCUAGUUUUAAGAGCUUAAUAUUCUAUAUUUACUCAAGCAGUCUUCCAUCAUAGCCUAAACUUUCAUUAACUUUUGUUUACUGAAGAAAUAGGAAUUACACUCAAAGGAUUAAUAUGGUACUACCUAAUCAUAAACAAUAUUACCUUUUUUUAAAAAAAAAUAUUAAAGAACAUUAUAUUGUACAAAUAUAUUAAAAAAAAAGAAACCUAAGGAAAUGGUUAUUUUUGUGAUUACAAUUGAAUUGUGUACAGACACCAAGAAUUGCAUGUUGGCAAAAUGGCAUAAUUUAAAACAAUAUAAAUAAGCAUUUUCGAAACCACAAUAACAGAUGAGGUUUGGUUGGGGCAGAUCGGGGUGAAGGGAAGAGAAACAAUUAACCUUUUUAACAAGGUUUGACAAAUAUGUUUAUCAGAUAUUCUACUAUUAUUGUGUUGAAUAAGCAGAAGUUACACUUUAUUAACGUAAGAUGUGAGUAAUGGGAUUUACUGAAAAGGUAAAAAGACAGCUUUCUGUAGUUAUCAGUUCUUUAGUAAAAAGGGAACGAAAAGGGUAAGUGCAUGGGGCAAUUUUAACUUAAGCCAUUUGUUCACCCACUCCAGUGAGUUUCCCUCCUGUCGAGGUAGCUUGUUAUGAUCCCCUUAUAGGUUUUGGGAAGGAAUUGGUGAUAGUGUAAACUUAAAAAGAAUGGAUAAGAAAGAGGAGCAUUCAUGGAUAUUGAAAAAUGUAAUGUUCAAACAGUGCGAAGCGGAUGAGUAGCUGUGAGAGAUGAAUGAUAUGUGAAUGGGUAAGAAAAUAGGUAAUUCUAAAGUGCAGAUUGAUCCAGAGAUGUUCAGUGAAGACAUUUUGCUAAGAGGUUGUAAUCCCACUUUGACAAUGAAAGAUGAAAAAUUGUAGAGCAGUGUAGAUGAUGAAAUAGCGGCAUUGAAGACUGGUAAAUAAUCUCAGAAUUGCAAAGGUAGUAACAAAGCUAUAAACACUAAUUGUUCAAAAUUGUAAGUAUAUUUGACACCAUGACAUGAGUCUCUUUGAAUCUAUAAACUAUGUAAAAUAGACAAUGCACCAUUGAUCUGUUCACAGAGUGUUUACUCAUCAGCCUUGGUCAACUUCAGUUUGAAGGCAAAGACUGUUAAAGGUCACGGCAAUCAUAUCUGGCCAUUUUUAUAACAGCAACUUUCACACUAUAACAGGAAAUACUGCAAAUGAAGGAAUUGCAAAUGAGAACAGAAAGUGUUGAAAAUGUAUAGCAAGACCAAUCAGUACAUGAUAAAAUAUUAGUUAACAAUUCAAAGAUGAGCAUCUAGUUAUAAAAACAGGGCUUCCCUUAAAAUGUUAACCGUGUUUUUAUCAAAUGCUGAUUAACCUGAAGUAAAUGGGAAACUUGGCGGGUAUAAAUUUCUUCCGCUGAUAAGGUUGCUUCCGUGUCAUUAAAUAUUUAAUUCCUGUUCGUCAGAUUCUACAUUAUUUGCAAUAACCCCAAUCUUAUGAAUGAGCACAAUUUAUUGUGUAAUUUGAAAACUUAGUAUCACUGCUGGUGACUGCGUUAGGUAACAUGUUGAAGUUUGUUAAUUGCUUGCAGUGUAAAGCACUCAAUAAAAAGCAGGAUUCUUCAGCAAAAGAUUAUAUAUCAACUCCUGCACAGUUACAAUAGCAGCAGUCAUGUGCCAAUCUUUCUUUUCCCUGGAAUAGGUGGCUACAAGAAAAUAUUUAACAAUGAAGAAAAACCAUUCUGGACAAUUUACUUGUUAAAAUAUAUGAUGCAUAGUUGCAAGAGGAACUGCUUAGUUUUUAUUUAAAGCACUCAUACAAUUACUGAAUGCUCCGACAGCACUGCCAUCUUUAAACAAGGUGAUCUAAUUAUAUAUGAAUUACUUUUGUGAAACAUCAUUCCAAUAUGUGUGUUCUGUUGUUUGCACUGAAGUGUAAGACAGUGAGUGUUUGAAGUUCUGCAGCUGCUUUCUUAUGGUAUCUGAUGAUUCCUAAUUUAUAUAGGCUUUCUUUCUGUUAUUUGGCAUAUAUAAGACAACUACAAGGUUCUGCACAGUUGAAAUAAAAUGUAUACGGUCUCUAAAAGAAUAAUGCCUACGGUUUUGCCAAAGGUUGAAUGAAUGCAUCUUAACUGCAUAGUUGGCAGAGUUAACAAAAUAUUGGUUUUGGUUUAUUGUAUAAAAUUAAAUAUAAAAGAAGGUUACAGUGUAACUGUAUUGGUACUAGAACCUGUCCAAUCUGGAAGACAAGAAUGGUUUAUGGAUUUGCAGCCAUUUUAUAAUUUUUUUGUAAUAUUUGUAAAUAUGGACUUUUUAAAAUGCCGAGAUGCUUUUUUGUAAAAUGUUUUCAAAGUUUACAAUUAAUUUCUAAGCCUUUGUAUAUUUUAGAGCUGUGCAACACUUUUAAGUCUUGUAUUUAUUUUUAGUAAAAAUUGUGAAACUUUCCCUGUGAAUUCUCCCCAAGUACAGUACAUUUGGCCAGUCAAGUCUGGCUGCUUUGACAGUGUGCAUAGAGCCUGACAAUAAAUGUGACUGCAUU